ACACUCAUGUGUCCAUCAACCUUGGUCGAUCCAUCGCCGUCUGUGUCCAUCAAAAUCAAUGGAAAAAGAAGCAGCGACAGCGAGAGAAGAAGAAGAAGUGGUGAUCGAUAAGGAUCUGAAGAAGAAGAUCAAGGAAACUGUGAGGAAGAUCCUGAAACGUUCGAGCUUACUUGAGAUUACAGAGAUCAAGGCGCGAGAAGAAGCUUCCGCGGAGUUGGGUCUCGAUCUUUCGCGAGAUCCGUACAAGCUCAUGGUGAGAGAAGCCGUCGAUAGUUUCAUCGAGAAGGCAAUCACGAAGAUCGAGACUGAGAUGGGAAAGCUUCAUACUCAGAUUGUAGAAGAUGUCGAUGGAGUGAAGAAAAAGAAGAAAAAGAAGAAGAAGAAGAAGAAAACAGAGGAGGUGGUGGAAGAGACAACAACAGCUGCUUAGUCCCAGAGGGCUUUUUUUAUUUAUUUAAAAGAUGUCUCUAGUGAAAUUAGUGUUAUCAAGACCAAUUGAUCAUCGAUUACUCAUCACCAAGUCAAAGUGUGUAUCAAACUCUGUAACAUGAUCACAUCAAUAGUGGAGUUCAAAGAGUGUUUAUGAUUUAUGUAUUUGAAUCAGAAUCGUUUCUUUUGUUCA